AUGUUUGGCGGUGGUGGUGAUGAAGGUGGAGUUGGUGGGGAUGACUGUUGUGGAGGUGGUGGUGGUGAUGGUAGUGGCAGCAUGGUGGUGGUGGUUGUGGAGGUGGUGGUGGAUGUGGAGGUUUUGGAGGAGGAGAUGGACCAAUUAAAAAAUAGUAAUAAUAACAUUUAUGAAUCCCUAGAGAGUAUGAUUGGAGUUAAAAUUUCAUAG